AUGAGGGCGUCCGCGCUGCGAGCCCCUGUGCUGCUGACCUGCUGCGGCUUGCUGCUCGCCACCGUGAACAGCAUUCACCCAGAAUGCCGAUUUCAUUUGGAAAUACAGGAAGAAGAAACAAAAUGUGCAGAGCUUUUAAGUGCCCACACAGAAAAAUACAAAGCCUGCAGUGGUGUCUGGGACAACAUUACAUGCUGGCGCCCUGCUGACAUAGGAGAGACCGUCACAGUACCCUGCCCAAAAGUUUUCAGCAAUUUUUACAGCAAGCCAGGAAAUAUAAGCAAAAAUUGCACAAGUGAAGGCUGGUCUGAGAUGUUCCCAGAUUUCAUAAAUGCAUGUGGCUAUAAUGACCUUGAGGAUGAAAACAAGAUCACAUUUUAUAUUCUGGUGAAGGCUGUUUACACCCUGGGGUACAGUGUCUCUCUGAUUUCCCUUACAACCGGAAGUAUCAUUCUUUGCCUUUUCAGGAAACUGCACUGCACUCGGAACUACAUCCACCUAAACCUGUUCCUCUCCUUCAUCCUGAGAGCCAUCUCCGUGUUGGUCAAGGACGACAUCCUCUACUCUAGCUCCGGCACACUGCACUGCCCUGACCAGCCAUCCUCAUGGGUUGGCUGCAAGCUGAGUUUGGUGUUCUUCCAGUACUGCAUCAUGGCAAACUUUUAUUGGCUCUUAGUGGAAGGACUUUACCUCCAUACCCUCCUUGUGGCUAUCUUCUCCCCAAACAGAUACUUUGUGGUCUAUCUCCUGAUUGGAUGGGGCAUCCCCACUGUCUGCGUAGUGGUAUGGACUGUGACCAGGCUCUUUUUAGAAGACACAGGUUGCUGGGAUACAAACGAACACAGUGUUCCCUGGUGGGUUAUACGAAUACCAAUUUUAAUUUCUAUUAUAGUUAACUUUGUCCUUUUCAUUAGUAUUAUAAGGAUUUUACUACAGAAGUUAACGUCACCAGAUGUUGGCGGCAACGAUCAAUCACAAUAUAAGAGGCUGGCCAAGUCCACACUGCUACUCAUCCCAUUGUUUGGGGUUCACUAUAUGGUGUUUGCCGUUUUUCCUAUUGGCAUCUCCUCCAAGUAUCAGAUCCUGUUUGAAUUGUGCCUGGGAUCAUUCCAGGGCCUGGUUGUGGCGGUGCUCUACUGUUUUCUGAACAGUGAAGUGCAGUGUGAGCUGAAAAGAAAAUGGCGAAGCUUGUGCCCAAACCAGUCUGUGAGCCGGGAUUACAGACUCCACAGCUCUUCAGUCUCUCGAAAUGGCUCGGAGAGUGUCCUGCAGUUCCACCGGAAUUCCCGUGCCCAGUCAUUCCUGCAGACUGAGACCUCAGUCAUCUAG